AUGGCAUUGGAAUUCUUGGAGACAGAUGGCCCUCGAUCAUCCAUGCCGGAUGAGCUCCAUCAUCCCUUCUCCAAGUACACUCAGUGGAAGUUUAAACUGUUUAGAGUGAAAUCUUUGGAGAAGGCGCCUGUGUCCGUGGAGACACCGCUUGAGAAGGAAACAGCGUCAGGCAUAUCUGACCCAAACCUGUGUUCAGCUCCAAAUAAAGAGUUAGAUAACAAUAACAGUACAGGUAGUCCUAUGACAUUGUGCCUUCAUGUGAAAAGUAAAGACAUCGUUGAACCACCUGAUCAGAGCAUGGAUAUAAAGGCAACAGAAAUUGACAAACAUAUAAACCAUCUCAGAUGUCUUUGUCGUCUUUGUGGAAUCCUGCUGAGGAAAAUACCUGGCCCAAUCCACGAUGUUCAUGCAGUUUUGGAUAAUGAAAGCAAGAAUUCCCUCCGAAAAAUGGGUUGUACAUCAACAAAAUGGCCGGAAGUCAUCCGUAAAGUUUUUCAAGUGGAUGUGUCACAAGAUAUGGAAUCUGUCCACCCGCUUUCCUUUUGCCAUCGUUGCUGGAUGACUGCCAUACGGGGAGGAGGCAUUUGCAAUUUUUCAGGGAAAAAAGUCCAUGAGUGGAAACCUCAUGGUGCCCUCUGCCCCUUAUGCUCACCCAAAAAACAAUUAUUCCACAAGAUUGGCAGAAAGAGGAGAAUCACCACCCCCAGAGCCCAAAGUUUAGUAAAAAGAACCAGAUUGGACCAAAAAUACAAUACUGUCAAUAAUGAAAGUCAAAGUCCAAGACCAUUUGGGGACCAUCUUCAUGGCCCUGUUGUUAAGAUAUGGAAUCCAAGUGUCCAUAGAGAAUACUGGGUGAGGACCAUCACACACUGUCAAAAAGAACACCUGAGUAGCACGCUUGUGUGUGAGAAUUUCCCUGUUGACUUCCUCUGUUCUUUCACUUGCAUGGUUUGUGACCAUCUGCUCUCAGACCCAGUUCAAGCCUCCUGCGGGCACCUCUUCUGCCACAACUGCAUUAUGAAAUACAAACACUUUAUAGGGCCUCAUUGUCCUGCCUGCAACUUACCCUGUUCCAGCAAUGACCUCAUUCCUCCUGCCAAAACUUUUUUGUUAGUCCUGCAUUCUCUGCUUUUGCGCUGCCCAAGAGAUGGCUGUGGUCAGCAUGUAAGAUUAAACUCAUUUAAAGCUCACUGUAUGAGUCACGAUGCGGAAGAGCAGGAUGCAAGACAGCAAUCGUCCCGUCUUGACAACUACCUGAUAACCAAUAAAGGAGGAAGGCCCCGCCAACACUUGCUAUCCCUCACGCGUCGUGCCCAGAAGCAUCGACUGAGGGAGUUGAAGAACCAGGUGAAGGCGUUUGCAGAUAAAGAGGAAGGUGGAGACUUAAAAUCUGUGUGUCUGACACUGUAUCUGCUGGCAUUGAGAUCUGCAAAUGAACACCGGAUGGCAGAUGAGCUGGAGGUCACAAUGCAGGGCAGAGGCUUUGCUUUGCAUCCUGCUGUGUGUUUGGCCAUUCGGGUCAACACUUUCCUGAGCUGCAGCCAGUAUCACAAAGUUUACCGGACUGUCAAAGCCACCAGUGGCCGCCAGAUUUUUCAGCCUUUACAUGCUCUCCGAGCUGCAGAGAAAGAGCUGCUCCCUGGAUUUCACCAGUUUGAAUGGCAGCCAGCUCUCAAGAAUGUGUCUACAUCUUGUAAUGUUGGCAUCAUCAAUGGGCUCUCUGGAUGGGCCUCCUCUGUGGAUGACUCACCAACUGACACAAUCACACGCCGAUUCCGCUAUGAUGUGGCUCUGGUGUCAGCAAUAAAGGAUCUGGAGGAGGACAUUGUGGAGGGGCUGAGAGAAAGGGGGGUUGAAGACAGUGCCUGUACCCUAGGCUUCAGCGUUAUGAUCAAAGAAUCAUGUGACGGCAUGGGAGAUGUUGGUGAAAAGCAUGGAGGAGGACCAGUUGUUCCUGAGAAAGCAGUUCGCUUCUCUUUCACCGUUAUGUCUAUUUCUGUGUUGCUUAGUAAAGAUGAUGAGGUUACAAUUUUCACAGAGUCAAAGCCAAACUCAGAAUUGUCCUGUAAGCCCCUCUGCCUGAUGUUUGUGGAUGAAGCGGACCACGAGACACUCACAGCUGUCCUGGCGCCCUUGGUUGCAGAGCGCAAUGCAAUGAAAAAGAGUAGGCUCAUAUUGUCCGUAGCUGGGCUCCCUCGAUCUUUCCGCUUCCAGUUCAGAGGAUCAGGAUAUGAUGAAAAGAUGGUACGUGAAUUAGAGGGUUUAGAAGCCUCUGGAUCCACUUAUGUCUGCACACUGUGUGACUCCAGUCGAGCGGAGGCCUCAAAAAAUAUUGUGCUCCACUCCAUCACUCGCAGCCAUGAGGAGAAUCUGGCACGUUAUGAGAUCUGGCGAACCAACCCAUUUUCCGAACCUAUAGAGGAACUGCGGGAUAGGGUCAAAGGGGUCUCUGCCAAGCCCUUCAUGGAGACCCAAUCCACACUGGAUGCUUUACACUGUGACAUUGGCAAUGCCACCGAGUUCUACAAAAUUUUCCAGGAUGAAAUAGGGGAGGUUUACAAAAAGGAAAAUCCCAGCCGUGAGGAGCGGCGCAGCUGGCGGGCAGCCCUGGAUAAAGAACUGAGGCAGAAGCUGAAGCUCAAACCUGUGAUGAGGAUGAAUGGCAACUAUGCCCGCAAGCUAAUGACCCUUGAGGCUGUGCAAGUGGUGUGUGGGCUGGUUCCCUCAGAGGAGAGGAGGGAGGCCCUUAGGGAGCUGAUGAGGCUGUACCUCCAGAUGAAGCCUGUAUGGCGCUCCACCUGCCCAGACAAGGAAUGUCCUGAUCAGCUCUGCCGCUACACUUUUAACUCCCAGAGUUUUGCUGACCUAAUUUCCACUACCUUCAAAUACAGGUAUAAUGGUAAAAUAACCAAUUACCUGCACAAAACCCUGGCCCAUGUCCCUGAAAUAAUAGAGAGAGAUGGAUCUAUUGGUGCUUGGGCUAGUGAGGGAAAUGAGUCUGCAAACAAACUGUUCAGGCGCUUCCGUAAGAUGAAUGCACGUCAGUCAAAAGCAUUUGAGCUUGAGGAUGUUUUGAAACAUCACUGGCUCUACACAUCAAAGUACUUGCAGAAGUUUAUGGAGGUCCACAAGGACUCCGCAAAAGUCCUGCAAGGAACCAGUGACCCAGUCGAAAUCCAGGACAUUGAGAGUAUGUACUAG